AGAAUAGAUAUAUCGGCGAGCUGGACAGGAUCACAAUAACGAUGAUGCCGGUCAGCCUCCGUACUUAAACGGAGAUUCUGAAGUUUUUGAGGCAAGCGAAUCCCAGAGGUUGUGAGUUUACUUUCUCUCGCUUCGGCAAUGGAAACGCUUGUGCAUAAUUUCAACCCAGUCCUCCCAAAUUCACUAUUUUUCACAAGAAACUCCUCACCUAGAUUUUCCUUUAACCACGUGCGAAUCAUCUCCUCAGGCAAUCACCGCCACGGUGGAAACUUGAGGAUGGCCCUGGCUGCACAAGACCCUGUAAUUCAAAAGAAAAUCAUCAUACCAAACAAAUAUGGUGAAAAACUUGUGGGCGUAUUGCAUGAAACUGAAUCUCCGGAGAUUGUAAUCUUAUGCCAUGGUUUUCGGUCCUCAAAGGAAAAUAAGACUAUGGUGAAUCUUGCUGUUGCAUUGGAAAAUGAAGGAAUAACUGCCGUCCGCUUUGACUUCGCUGGGAAUGGUGAAAGUGAAGGUUCCUUUCAGUAUGGUAACUAUUGGAGAGAGGUCGAGGACUUGCGUUCUGUAAUCCAAUACUUCUCUGCAGCAAACCGUGUUAUAAGGGCAAUUCUCGGGCAUAGUAAAGGAGGCAAUGUGGUACUACUGUAUGCAUCUAAGUACCAUGAUGUCUACAAAGUUGUCAAUGUUUCUGGCCGUUAUGAUCUGACAGGAGGCAUUGAGAAACGCCUGGGAAAAUCUUUUAUGCAAAGAAUUAAAGAGCAUGGAUUCAUUGAUGUAAAAAGUAUACAAGGAGAUUUUAUUUACCGUGUGACUGAGGAAAGUUUAAUGGAUCGCCUGAGUACAAAUAUGCAUGAAGCAUGUCUUCAGAUUGACAAAGAAUGCAGGGUCUUCACCGUCCAUGGAUCGCAUGAUACAAUCGUCAGGUCUUUGGAUGCAUUUGAGUUUGACAAGAUCAUACCUAACCACAAAUUACAUGUUAUUGGAGGAUGCGAUCAUGGAUACGUUCACCAUCAAGGAUAUUUAGCCUCAGUUGUUUUGGAUUUUAUUAAGGACGCCUCUGUGACAGAACAAGGUCGUACCACUAGCUAAAUACUUCUGUGCCGGUCCCGUUUGGAUACAUAGGUAAGAUGAAACCAUCUCAUCUCAUCUUAGAGUUUAGCAACUGGCAUGAACGGUGCGUUUUAUUUGUAGAGUUUGCAUUUUGGUUAUACGGUGCGUUUCACUGGUUUGUAAAACUCCAUGACAGUUUUACAAAACAAUAAAAAAAAGAUGAAAAUUGUGUUAAGAGAAGAUGAACAUCAUAUUGAUUCCUUAAUAAAACUUUGGCGAAUCAAUAUAUAUACAGCAAUGUGUCCUAGCAGUAGCAAAAUAGAAAGAAAA